CAGCACAGACUCUUUGGCCUCCUGGUUUGGACUUGCAAGGGUUGCUACAGUGAGCUCCAGGCUUUCAGCCUGUGACUACAUCCUCCAGAUCUCCAGCAUGCAGACAGCCCUUGUGUACUUUUCCAUACCUGGCUCCUGACUCUGCAGGUGGCUAUUUGUGUUAGCAAGCUUGAAUGCCCUGUUUCUUCCCAGCGCUCACUGAGGAGGAGGAUGCCAGCAGAAUGGAAGCAAGGGAAGGAAAUCAGCUGACGCAGGAGCCAGAGUGAGACUCACACAGCAGCAGCCUACACCAUGAAUUUGAGUCUACCUUCUGGGCUUUGAGAGGCAAGGGCGGGCAGAGUUGCUAGAAAGCAAUGGCUCUCUUUACUCCCUGGAAGUUGUCUUCUCAGAAGCUGGGCUUUUUCCUGGUGACUUUUGGCUUCAUUUGGGGGAUGAUGCUUCUGCAUUUUACCAUCCAGCAGCGAACUCAGCCUGAAAGCAGCUCCAUGCUGCGGGAGCAGAUCCUGGACCUCAGCAAAAGGUACAUCAAGGCACUGGCAGAAGAAAACAGGAAUGUGGUGGAUGGGCCAUAUGCUGGUGUCAUGACAGCUUAUGAUCUGAAGAAAACCCUUGCUGUGUUAUUGGACAACAUUUUGCAGCGCAUCGGCAAGCUAGAGUCGAAGGUGGACAAUCUUGUUAUCAAUGGCACAGGAACAAACUUAACCAACUCCACCACAGCUGUUCCCAGUUUGGUAGCACUUGAAAAGAUUAAUGUGGCAGAUAUCAUUAAUGGAGCUCAAGAAAAAUGUGUAUUGCCUCCUAUGGAUGGCUUUCCCCACUGCGAGGGGAAAAUCAAGUGGAUGAAAGAUAUGUGGCGUUCAGAUCCCUGCUACGCAGACUAUGGAGUGGAUGGGUCCACCUGCUCUUUUUUUAUUUACCUCAGUGAGGUUGAAAAUUGGUGUCCUCAUUUACCUUGGAGAAUAAAAAAUCCCUAUGAAGAAGCUGAUCAUAAUUCAUUGGCAGAAAUUCGUACGGAUUUUAAUAUUCUCUACAGUAUGAUGAAAAAGCAUGAAGAAUUCCGGUGGAUGAGACUUCGGAUCCGGCGAAUGGCUGAUGCUUGGAUCCAAGCAAUCAAGUCCCUGGCAGAAAAGCAAAAUCUUGAAAAGAGAAAGCGGAAGAAAGUCCUUGUUCACCUGGGACUCCUGACCAAAGAAUCUGGAUUUAAGAUUGCAGAGACAGCAUUCAGUGGUGGCCCUCUUGGUGAAUUAGUUCAGUGGAGUGAUUUAAUUACAUCUCUGUACUUACUGGGCCAUGACAUUAGGAUUUCAGCUUCACUGGCUGAGCUCAAGGAAAUUAUGAAGAAGGUUGUAGGAAACCGGUCUGGCUGCCCAACUGUAGGAGACAGAAUCGUUGAGCUCAUUUAUAUUGAUAUUGUGGGACUUGCUCAGUUCAAGAAAACUCUGGGACCCUCUUGGGUUCAUUACCAGUGCAUGCUCAGAGUCCUGGAUUCAUUUGGUACUGAGCCAGAGUUUAAUCAUGCGAAUUAUGCCCAGUCGAAAGGCCACAAGACCCCCUGGGGAAAAUGGAAUCUGAAUCCUCAGCAGUUUUAUACCAUGUUCCCUCACACUCCGGACAACAGCUUUCUGGGCUUUGUGGUCGAGCAGCACCUGAACUCCAGCGACAUCCAUCACAUUAAUGAAAUCAAAAGGCAGAACCAGUCCCUUGUGUAUGGCAAAGUGGAUAGCUUCUGGAAGAAUAAGAAGACCUACCUGGAUAUCAUUCACACUUACAUGGAAGUGCAUGCAACUGUUUAUGGUUCCAGCACAAAGAACAUCCCUAGUUACGUGGAAAACCAUGGUAUCCUCAGUGGACGAGACCUGCAGUUUCUUCUGCGAGAAACCAAGCUAUUUGUUGGACUUGGGUUUCCUUAUGAAGGCCCAGCUCCCCUGGAGGCUAUUGCAAAUGGAUGUGCUUUUCUGAAUCCCAAGUUCAACCCACCCAAAAGCAGCAAAAACACAGACUUUUUCAUUGGCAAGCCAACUUUAAGAGAGCUGACAUCCCAGCAUCCUUAUGCUGAAGUUUUCAUCGGUCGGCCGCACGUUUGGACUGUUGAUCUCAACAAUCAGGAGGAAGUAGAGGAUGCAGUGAAAGCAAUUUUAAAUCAGAAGAUUGAGCCGUACAUGCCGUAUGAAUUCACCUGUGAGGGGAUGCUACAGAGGAUCAACGCAUUCAUCGAGAAGCAGGACUUCUGCCAUGGGCAAGUGAUGUGGCCUCCGCUGAGUGCCCUGCAGGUGAAGCUUGCUGAGCCUGGGCAGUCCUGCAAGCAGGUGUGCCAGGAGAGCCAGCUCAUCUGCGAGCCGUCCUUCUUCCAGCACCUCAACAAGGCCAAGGACUUGCUGAAGUACGAGGUGAUCUGCCAGAGUUCAGAGCGGGCCAAGGACAUCCUGGUGCCCUCCGUGGACCCCAAGAGCAGGCACUGUGUGUUCCAAGGGGACCUCCUGCUCUUCAGCUGUGCAGGCGCCCACCCGAGGCACCAGAGGAUCUGCCCCUGCCGGGACUACAUCAAGGGCCAGGUGGCCCUCUGCAAAGACUGCCUAUAGCAGCCCAGGCUCGGCUCUGCCGGGCAGGGCCAGGGGCGGAAGUCAUUUUGGGACUCUGGCCAGAGCCCAGACUUCUUGGUUGAAGGUUUUGCUUGGUACUUCUCCCCCUGCUGCAGUCAGCGCAUCUCAGGGGAGUUGUCACCAAAACCAAAUGAGAGCAGAUGUCAGGCCAGGAGCCUGGCUUCUCCCUGGUACAACAGGCUUCAUUUCUACUUUUGUGCGGAGCAACUGCAGAGAGACUGUCGAUGCAACUGCUCCAGGGUAAAAAAGAAAAACAAAAAAGGAAAGAAAGAGAGAGAUAAAAAUGUCUCAAGAUUCAUUUAAAACAAAACAAGAGAACGAAGUGAGCUAAUUGGAGAGAACUUGGAAUGGGAACAUUCCCAAACCCAUUAACUUAUUUAUUUGGGAGGGAGGGAGGGGUUUGUGAGGGAGGAAAGGGAUCAGUCACAUUUCUUCCUCCAUUUCCCACUGUUAAUUGUUCACUUUUGCAAUAUUCCAUCUGCUUCAGGUGGGGCGCAGUGGGGCUGAUGGCUUUCUGGAGGGCAGCUAGAGGACAUGGCUCCUGAUGGUGGCAAAGCAAAAGAAACUCUUGCUUUGAAAACACAGCCAAACUCUCCUGAAUAUUGUUGUAGAGCUGAUGGGCACUGGGUGUGCUUGGCACAUGGCAGCUAAAAGAUAAAUGACCCCUUGGAGGGUAUAUGGGCACCUCUGAGGGCCAGAGGGCCCAACCAGGGACAAAAGAUGGAGCUGUUUUGCAGCCUAGAGAGACCCCUUUCCCUGUGUGUCCAGUCCCAUCUACCCACCUAACUUAACCCUAAUUUCUGGUUGGAAUUUCUUUAGGCAAGAAAUGCAAAGUUCUAGAAUUUUUCUUUGCUAGUCAGUAGUAAAUUUAUCCUCUCACACAUGCCACUGUAAGGAGGAAAGGAGGUGUGGGACUCAUCUGCCUUCAGGCGUGGAGGGCUGAUUCUGUAGUCCCCAGGGUGCUGAGAUGUGGACAGGAAGUCAGUCUUCCAGCAUCAGAGGCACAACUGAUGUCUGGGCACCUGACAGAUGGGUUUGUGUUAGGUCCGCUCUGGUGUCUGACAUCACCCAAGUCCAGGCAGUGGCGGUCUUGGUGAAAUGGACGUUUGCUGGGCAAGCAGGGGCAGCUCCUGGUGAAUGCUGUGCUUUGUCCUGGCCACUCCCAUGGGGCAGUGGUGCUGGCUUCUCCUCUGAGGGGAAAGAGCAGACAGCUGGGACUCAGCGGAGCCCUGCGCUCUGCCUCUGUGUAAGCUCUCGCCUCCACCAGACCAUAGCUUCCGCCCUCUCUGCACGUUGGUGAGCUUCCCGUGAAGCCCCGGAGGCCUCCGUGCUGUGAGAGCAAGCCCUCUCCCACCUCGGGGUUGGAGCCAUGGGCCCUGGCUGGUGCCACACCCGCAUCUUUGGGUGGUUCCCAGCACUCUGCUCGCGGCGGGAGGAUCGGGUGGACCUCUGCUGGCAGAAGAGCCGGGCAGAGUUAAUGACUGAGUGAGCCUGCUUGAGGAGCAAGGGAAAGAAUUCUGUUUUGUGGGCUCCAGCAAGAACAUGGAGACUGUAAGGCUGGGAAGUUAGAUCUGCCUGCUUCUUGGUUUCUACCUGGUGCAUAAAUACUGUAAUAGCAAAUGCAUAGCCGUUACCUCUCCCUUCCAGCCCUCAGAUCCUUGCUCUGCGAGUUUGAAUUGUACUUCUGUCGUCCUAGAGAGUUGGG